GCGAGCAGCCAGAGAGGAAUGGCCACGACCCUCUCCCUCGGUGGCGCCGGCGCCAGCGCCUCCCUCCUCUGCAGCCCCCUGCCUUGCGGGGCUCAUGGCGGUGCCGGAUCCGGUGUCGGGGGCGCGCGGGGUCCGGGCGCGGUGGCGGCCAUGAAUGAGCUGGAGGUGGCGGCUGACGCUCUCUUUUCACCGAAGGAGUGAUGGAUGCGGGACUGAGGCCUCGUCCUACACUCCCCUCGCCGCCGCCUAGCUAGAUCGAGCACCCCAUGGACGCUUCUUCGACCCAGGGCUCCCUCGACGGAGGGACGCUUUCUCCAUAUGUUGCCUGCUCCGUGCAUCCUCUCCUCCCCGUGCCUCUGCUCGCUCAAACCCAGCCGCAGCUCCUCGUCGGCCAUGCGGGGAGCACGGACGAGCUGCUCAUGGACGUCCAUCCCGCAGCCCUGCCAACGACGGUGCCCAACCUCCUCGACAGCGCGCCUCCUACUUGCCGCACGAUAGGGCUUUCUUCUAUUCUGGCAAAGAGUCAAGCUAGCAACCGUGAAGAUGCAGAAUUCAUGCAACUCCAUCUUACUCCAACUCUCAGUAUUUCACGGCGUUUGUACCAGCGGCAUAGUAACUAAAAACUACCGUGAACACAGC